AUGGCUCGACCCCAGCUCGCCGUGCCCCUGACUGUAGCGGCCCUGGUAUUGGUCUCCCUGCUGCUUUCGCAGCAGACAAUUGCCCAAGGUGAUAGCAACAUUGCGGAUAAGGGCAAGCGGCGCCCCCCACGGGCGAAAGCUGUCAAUUCACCAAGCCCUGUUAGGCUGUCUCCGUCACCAAGGCCACCAAGUCCUCGCGUGCUCUCCCCACCGCCACGCGUGAUGGCCUCACCACCGCCGUUGCGGCCACCACCGUCGCCAUCCAAGCCGUCUCCUAAGCCGCCGUCUCCCCCAAAUCCCAAGAGUCAAGGUGUCACCUGUCCGGAUGCGAAGGAAGCCCUGGACAAGCACAACAUGUACCGUGGAAACCACCAAGCACUGCCUCUUCGGUGGGAUGCGGGCCUGGCCGCGUCCUCUGCAGAAUACGCCCUUCGGCUGGCCAAAGCCGGUUGCAAUUUGCAGCAUACAGGCAGUAGGGCUUUCGGCGAGAACCUGUUCAAGCAACUGUCAUCACCCCCUACAUACAAUUACACGUGCACGACGGCGGUCAGGGCAUGGUAUGAAGAGGUUUUCAAAUACAACUUCUUCGCGACACUUCCGUACACCGAAAACAAGCAAAACGUUAUCGGCCACUUCACACAAGUGGUUUGGCGGAGUACUUCGUUUGUUGGCUGCGGUGUCGCCAUCGUGCAGACGCCGUUGAAGCUUCCGAUGGGCACCGUCAACUCCACCUGCAAGAUAGUAACCUGUCGUUACCGAGAGCCUGGGAACAUCGCUACCGACAUGUAUUUCCUCAAAAAUGUGUUUCCCAACUCCUCUACGAUAGUGCUGUAA